AGCAUUGUACACAUUUCUAUCUAGUAGCAAAGUAGUUUUUACUCCUGAUUUUCUUUCAUUGCUUCUGCAAAGCACACUUUCUCCUUGUGGCACAGCGUUAGUAGCUCUAGACCACAAUGAGCGCUCUUGAACCUUGUGUCUCACUCUUAGAUGCUUUUUUGCUUUGCAUUAUUUUUUCUUGUUUUGUCUGUUCCCUGUCACUUGCUGCCUUCUUGAUCUACAAAGCAUCUUCAAAUAAAUAUUUUCUCUAAGCUGUUACUGUUCUAAAUGUGUCUAAACUACUCAGAAACUCUUAUGUGUCACGGCUUCUGCCGCUUGAGGCUUAACCAGUCGGAGGGAUGGUUUUGCCUUUUCAUAGUGGCUCAAGGAAUUAAAUGCUAAUUUUUACAUCGUGGUUUCUGCUGUGCAUCACAUCCUGUCUUUAUGUUUAACCUCUAUGUACAAAACCUGAUAUUCGUAUUUUUGCUAAUAGCCAUUGUGAUGAUCGUUUUGUGCCAGGGUAGUUGAGUACACACUGUUUUUCCUGUUGCAAGAGUUCUGUUUAGCUCAUUCCUUGACAAAUCGUGGCUCCAUCAUGUUUCAGACUGACCGUUUUAGCUAGAAUGAAAACUCCCAAGUCUGUUUCUAAAAAGGUGGAUGCAAGUUUGAAGGACUUCAUUGAUGACUCGGAGGAUUUCUUCUUGGACUUUAAAGUGAAGAAGAGUGCAACAAAGAAUGCCCAGAAGGAUCUUCGGACCCCUAAGAAGCCAAUGGCUUCUGGAAAGAAAAACACUUGCUGCCAAAAGUUGCAGUAUCCAGAGGCUUCAAGUGACACUGAAGAUUCUGUCUUUGCAGAAAGUCCAUGGCACGAGUACCAAAAAGGGCGAGUUAAAGAGAAACAGAGUCGGAGGGGCUUAGAACUCCCACCUCCGCAAAAUCCGAGCGAUUCAGUUGUCAGAGGCACUCCAGACUUGUCUGUUAGAAGGAAGGAAAAAAGCUGUGAGAAGAGUACAGAAAAUAAAGCGCCAGCUGGGGUACUGCGACAAAGCACAGAGGCAGAAUCAGACAGCUCAGAUGGCGAAUUUGAGUCAUUAAUAGAACGGAUCAGGAAACUAAGUACACCCAGAAAAACAAUCUUAAGCAUAAGUAAAAAUGUCUACCAGCCAAGCACAGCAGAAAACAUCAAGUCACCCCGUGAAGAUGCCCAGCCCUUGAAAGAGGAGGGAUUCAAGACACCAAGGCCAAACUCCAUUUCACUCGCAGAAACACCUUUCAGGAUAAAGACUUCUGCAAGCAUUCCUAGGAAUGGAUUGUUCGGUUGCUCACAGUCAGCAAAGACAGAGAAAAAGCUCAGGGGGUGCUCAGUGCCUGGCUGUUUCUUGCAAGAUCUGUCAAAUCCGGCUUCCCAGUAUGUGAAGCAUUUCAAGAAGAAUAAAGAGGAGCUGGUGCAGAAGCUCUACUCUCUGUAUAAUAAUACCAUCUUUGAGCAGAAGUUGCCAGAGAACAUGGUAAUACUCUGGAAUAAGAAAAUGAGAAAAACAGCAGGAUUUUGUGUAACUGGACAGACACAAGGGACAGAAGCAAAGCGUUAUGCUCGCAUAGAGCUUUCCGAGAAAGUCUGUGACUCUGCAGAUCGUCUUCGAGACACACUAAUUCAUGAGGUUUGCCAUGCAGCCACCUGGCUGAUCAAUGGUGUUCGCGAUGGACAUGGACGAUUCUGGAGAUUCUAUGCCAAUAAAUCAGCUGUGAUUCACCCAGAACUGCCAGUAGUAACAAGAUGCCACAACUAUGAGAUUAUAUACAAAUUCAUCUAUGAAUGUGUCCAGUGCAAAGCUACGAUUGGACGUCAUUCCAAGUCUCUGGACACGCAGCGCUUUGUGUGUGCGUUCUGUGGGGGGCAGCUCGUCCUGAAUCAGCCCACGCGGAAGGAUGGUACUCCUGCACGGACACAUCUGACACCCUUUGCAAAGUAUGUGAAAGAAAACUACGGGCUUAUGAAAAGGGAGCAGCGUGGGCUGAGCCACGCAGAAGUCAUGCGGAAACUCAGUGCUGAUUUUGCUUUAAAAACUAGUCUUCAAGAUUCCUUGUAAUAGCUCAAUACAUUCCCUUUUUGGUGGCACUUAGAUUUUGUACGUAGGAGUAAAUGAGGCUAAGAAUGUGGUUUGGAGAAUUCCAGCUAAUUUUAAUAUUUUAGUAUUAAAUAUUUCUAAUAGAAAAGGCCUUAAGCUCUUUUUUAAAAUAGGUAAGGGUCAGUAAGAAGUAAUGAUACUCAGCCCAUGGUGAUGCACAACUCGGGUUUCCUGCUUAGACUCCAGAUAAACACCACCUGUGCUUGGGAAAAUGCAGUUCUAGGCCCUUCAUGGGAUGGACUAUGUUUGUCUGGAACGUUCUGAAUGGUAUUUACAUGCAGUGCUUCAGAGCACAUCUCCAGUGAGCGAUUCACUCUUUUGCCUGGGCAGCUGAUGUGCUGUAGGCUCUGUAUACACUGAAGAACCCAUAGGUGUUCUUCACCAGGUGCAACAAAAGUUCAGGCCCACCAGCCAAAGUCCUCUGAUUCUGUCUUGAUGACUUCCAGGCAGGAAAAGGGACCUGAGGAAGUCAUCAACAUAGGUUCAGGCAUUCUCCCAAGGAGAGUUUCUGGAACGAUCCUUGGCUGUUUUUGUUAAAUUUAAAUGGUAGGUAGAUAAUGCCUCAAAUCUGUUAGAGGAAGCCUGAGUUUCCGCAAAGCUCUCUGGCCCUCAGUGAGCUCAAAGCUCCAAUUAAAUUUUCAUUGCAGUUUGUACCUCUAUCACUGAGAUUUCAUAGAACCUAAAAUGAUGCAAAAAAGUCAUGUUGGGGAAAGCAAAUUCAAUCACUUUCUGCCACAGCAUGAGAAGGUUUAGUGAGAUGACUUUAGUCUUUCAUAUAGAACAUAACUGAACAUGUGUUUGUGUUUGCUGUGAACAGAUUGCUCAGAAGAUUAACAAUUUUAAAUAAUCAAUAAAUGCCAACUUCAUACUAACUGUGGCACUGAACUAGGCUUCAUUUCAGUUUAAUGGUGACUGUGUGGGUGCAGCACAUGAAAGCUUCGCAUUUCUCCUAGCGACUUUUGAGUUUCACGUGCCUUCUGCUGCUGAAGGAAAAGAUGCUUCGAGCCAGCUUGCAGAAGUGAAAGCCGUUCCUGCUGGCCCUCAAUAUUGCCAAGUGAGAAAAUUCUCACCCACAGUACUUUUGGAAGCUGGGUCUGGGGUCAGGGUUGGUUCUGGUGACGGUGACAGGACCAGGUCCGCUUUCACAGGUCCGGUGUCACAUCCUGACCACCACCAGUC